GGUUGUUUAGAGUGAGAAAUACAGAGUGAGCUCUAUGGAUACCAACCAUGGCUCCUCCUCUUCUUUCUCUUCCUUCAAGUCCUACUUCACUGCCCUCGCGGACACCCCUCGCCGGCUCUCUCGCCGGGCUGGUUCGGUCUCCACCUGUUUCGAAGAGAUGAGCCGGGUGAAAGCCCGGUCCGGUUCGGACAUGAGAAAAACUCUCAGGUGGUUCGACCUCGUAGGCUUUGGCGUCGGAGGAAUGGUCGGCGCCGGUGUCUUCGUCACCACCGGCCGCGCCAGCCGCCUCUACGCCGGCCCAGCUGUUGUGCUGUCCUACGCCAUUGCCGGCCUCGGCGCUCUCCUCUCUGCCUUCUGCUACACCGAAUUCGCCGUCGAAAUGCCCGUCGCCGGUGGCGCCUUCAGCUACAUCAGAAUCACUUUUGGUGAAUUUGCGGCAUUUCUGACCGGAGCGAAUAUAAUUAUAGACUACGUGCUGUCAAACGCUGCCGUGGCGAGGAGUUUCACGGCGUACUUAGGCACGGCGAUUGGCAUAUCAACCGAAACGAAAUGGAGGGUCACAGUCUCUGGACUCCCAAAAGGGUUCAACGAAAUCGACAUCGUCGCCGUCGCUGUCGUCUUAAUCCUCACUCUCAUUAUCUGUUACAGCACGAAAGAGAGUUCGGUUUUGAACUUGGUGUUGACGGCGCUUCACCUUUUGUUCAUCGUCUUCGUGAUAGUGGUUGGGUUCUCGAGAGGCGAGUGGAAGAAUUUCUCGGAGCCAUCCGACCCGAAACACCCGGAUGGGUUCUUCCCGUUCGGAGUUUCGGGUGUCUUCAAUGGUGCUGCGAUGGUUUACCUGAGUUAUAUUGGAUACGACGCCGUUUCGACCAUGGCUGAGGAAGUCAGAAACCCGGUUAAGGAUAUCCCUAUCGGAGUCUCGGGCUCCGUUAUCCUCGUUACCAUUCUCUACUGCUUAAUGGCUGCUUCAAUGUCCAAACUCCUCCCUUAUGACAUGAUUGAUACGGAUGCACCGUUUUCCGGGGCGUUUAGGGGAGAAUCCAACGGCUGGAGAUGGGUGUCCAAUGUGAUAGGGGUGGGGGCCAGUUUUGGGAUAUUGACGUCUAUGAUGGUGGCGAUGUUGGGGCAGGCUAGGUAUAUGUGCGUGAUCGGACGGUCCAAAGUAGUCCCUGCGUGGUUUGCUAGGGUCCACCCGAAGACAUCAACACCUGUCAACGCUUCCGCUUUCCUUGGACUGUGCACAGCAGCGAUUGCCCUUUUCACUGAUCUGAAUGUCCUCCUCAAUCUUGUAUCCAUCGGAACACUCUUUGUCUUCUACAUGGUGGCCAAUGCCGUAAUCUACAGACGUUACGUGUCAUUGGAGACGAUAAAUCCAUGGCCUACAUUGUCCUUCCUCUUUUGCUUCUCUCUCACUUCCAUCAUAUUCACCCUCAUUUGGCACUUCAUGCCACCAGGCAAGUCAAAAGGCUUCAUGCUCGGUGCCAGCAUGCUAAUUGCCAUUGCUGUUCUUCAAUUGUUUCAUUGCGUGGUCCCACAAGCGCGGAAGCCCGAGUUCUGGGGGGUCCCUCUGAUGCCAUGGAUACCAUCCAUGUCAAUCUUUCUCAACAUAUUCUUGUUGGGGUCUCUUGAUAGGCCAUCCUAUGUGCGGUUCGGAUUCUUUUCGGCUCUCGCGGUGAUUGCAUAUGUUCUGUACAGUGUUCAUGCUAGCUUUGAUGCUGAAGGGGAUGGGACUCUGAGUCAAAAGAAUGGUGAAAUCAUGAAGGAAUCAAUUGAAAGUGAGGACAAAAGUCUCAAAGUGUAAAAAGUUUUUCUUCUGUUCAUCUUUUCUUGUAAUGACUUCUCAACUUUUUUGUUUUCUCAAUGGAUAUUUAGCAUAGGGUUGAAAAAGGAAAAGGAGGGAAAAGAAAAGAAAAGAAUAGCUUUUACAUUCUGCUGUUGAUGUUUGACAGUGUAAAGGAAUGAGAGCAUAACUAAAAGCUAAAGUAGAAAGUAGUGAAAGCUCAGUAGUAAUAUUGAGAGCAAUGAAAUGUAAAUCUCUGGUAGCUAAUGGUUGUCACAGUUGUUUUAGAAUGGCCAUUGUGUGCCGUAUCAAAAAAACAAGGAAGUCGUUCAAUGUUAUGUCAGCA